AUAGCCGAACUAUUUCAACAUUCAUUUUCAUUCGGUGAAAUUUCCACCAGAAGAGAUAUUGCGCAACAGACCCCAUAUACUAGGCCCGUUUCUUUACUUGUGACGUAUUCUGUGGGAUAAAGACGCAAGACAGGCAGUAGGGUGAAUCAGUUCACGUGAAGUUGUUGGUCUUAAUAAUAACGACACAAAAUAAAAUAGGGAGUAAUAAUCAUGUCGAAGCAAGAAUUCUCAGAUGUUAAGGAUCCCCAAGGAUACCCCCCGCAGCAAGGAUACCCCCCACAACAAGGAUAUCCCCCGCAAUAUAACUCUCAGCAGGGAUAUCCCCCACAACAAGGAUAUGGUCAAGCGCAAUACCCAGCCGGUAGCAAUGUUAUUGUAACAACACAGCCACAGCCGUCAACACUCUACGUGACAAAACCCCAGGAUUAUCUGGGAUUCUCCAUCUUCGUUUGUCUGUGCUGUUUCUGGCCAAUUGGAAUAGCUUCAAUAAUUUAUUCAUGCGGGUCACGUGAUGCCUUUACUGCUGGAGAUGUGAACACUGCUCAAGCCAAGGCAUCAACAGCUCGUACUUUAAACAUUAUUGGCCUGGUACUGGGUAUUAUUUGUAUCAUAGUAGGCAUAGUUCUCAGGGUGGUCGUUUAUUCAACGGCAGUAGUAACCACCAGGUCUACUACUUAUGGAUAAUCGAGUACAAUAUAUUAUGCACUGGACACUCGUGGUUACUUAUAAAUAUUAACUAAUAAUGAUAAAGACAAAAAAUAGGGUUUACCUUUCUACUGUUCUACUCUUGACUGGGCUAUUUAAGACGCCAUACCACAGUCUGCUGUGAGGGAAAUUUUGCCAAGGUUGCGGCACUAUGGCCUACUCUUAUAUCCCUACUCUUAUAUCGAAUUCCAACUGCCAUGGGUUCUUUUAUGCGCACGCCAAUGUUUACCCUUUAUCCAUAUUUCGUCCCAUCCUAAAGACUAGACACUGUUCCUUGUCGGGCCAUCCUUCCUACACUACUGACAAGGGAAAACCGCGCCGGAAAUUCCCGAGGAACUUUGUCGGCCAACACUGGAAGCGAACCCGAGAUCUCAUGGCUAGCGCUAGCGGCUCCCUAAUGCACGAACUUAAUUAAAUUAUCUAUGCAUUAAAAUAAAAUCUACUUUACGGAAUGUCUUUUAUAUAACUUACGAUUUUAUCAUUAAAUAUAAUAUUGUUGUUAGAUUAUCUCUUUUCUUUAUUGUAUCCCAUUUUAUCAUUAAACAAUCUCCUUUCUUUGCCAUAAUAUCACAUUUUAUGUAACCGAAAAUAUCCAUGGCUAUUUUUGUUAGUAUUUUUGUGGGUGUGGUGUAGGAUGGGGUGGUUUUUAUGUAUUUAUUUUUGUUUGUUUGUUUUAUCUUUGUUUAAAAACAGCGAUGAAUAAUAUUUAUCUUUAAUUGUUGAUAUAAAUAUUAUCUGUGACUAAUAAGUAUAAUUUUUCUUUCCUAUUUUUAAUUGCUUGUUAAGCUUAUUCAUAGUUUAUACACAUGUGCAGCAAGUGGCUUUCCUUUUAUAAAUGUAGUUUUUAUUAUUAUUAUUAUUAUUAUUGCAGUGUAUAUUCAAUGGAUGUCGGAAAAAAACUUUCUUGUUCUUUUCUAUUUUUUUUACUAAAUUAAAACUGCAAUGUUUUAAAAUUGUGCAAGUAAUUGUACUUGUUAAUAAAUAAGUUUUUUUUU